AUGGAAAAACAAGGGUGGAGAUGCAGAAAACUGGUGCUAGUUCCAUGUCCAUUCCAAGGACACAUAAAUCCCAUGCUUCAGCUAGGCACCAUCCUUCACUCCAGAGGUUUCUCUAUCACAGUUGCUCAUGCCCAAUUCAAUUCUCCUCAAACUUCCAAUCAGCCUGAUUUUAUCUUCCAAUCCCUACCAGAUGGCAUAUCAUCCAAACCUGACAUCGCUCGUUAUUUUUUAGCUUUCAUGUCAAGUCUUAACUUGAACUGUAGAGCCCCAUUCCAGGAAUUUCUAAGUCAGAUGAUAGGAAAACAGGAGCAGCAAGACGAACUCCCCUGUAUAAUUUAUGAUGCACUCAUGUACAUCUUACAAACUUGUAGUGUUACCACUAUGCUGACGUACUUUGCAUAUCCUCGACUCCAAGAGGAAGGUUACAUUCCCCCACAAGAUUCCAACUCAACAGAGUUAGUGCCUGGGCUUCAUCUCCUCAGAUUCAAGGAUCUACCAUCAAACACUUUCGAUGAUUUAGAUCCCACUCUGCAACUAAUAGCUAUACUGAGCAAUAUAGGAUCAUCUUCAGCCAUCGUUUGGGAUAGUAUGGACUGCCUUGAACAAUCAUCAUUAGCACAAUAUCAACAACAAUUCCGAGUUCCAAACUUGUCAAUAGGUCCUAUGCACAAAAUUGCUUGGCGUCCUCUAGUAGCUUACUGGAAGAGGACAGCAGUUGCAUCUUAUGGCUUAACAAGCAAGGUCACAACUCAGUUAUAUAUGUAA